CCCUCUCGUCCAGCCGGCGGAUGGAUUCAGGAAUGAGGAUCCGGUCGUCUGAGCGUGUGAGUGCGGACACUUCACGACCGAACACCGGGAUUUCUCCUCCCGCGUUCCGUUACCGAGCCGACGUGCGGUGAGAUAAACUGCCCCGCCCCCCCCGCAGGUGUUGGUCUUCCCAAUUGGACACCCGCUGCGCUGUAAAUCCGACAUGGUGCGACAUGGUUUGCAUUGGGAGGCCCCCCCCCCCCCUCCUGGCUGUGUAACCGGAGCUCCUAAAGUGACCUCGAUGUCCCGCUGAGCUUCGCCAUCAGCAGUGGCGUCAUGGCGUCCCGGCUGCUCUACCGUCUGAAGCGCUCGUUGUUUAAAGAUGGUCAAGGGGCGGGACCUGAACAGGAGUCCGCGUGCGGACAGGAAGUGGAGGACGGCUGGGAGGCAGAACUUGAAGAGGAGGAGGAGGAACGGGUGACCGAUCGGUUGGGCGGGACGCUGUCCUUCCACGCUGGAGGAGGCGAAGGAGUUGAGGACGGGAGCGAGGAGCUGGACAGCGAUUCUGACUACCUGGGAGAGUCGAUGGAGGAGGGGCUUAGCAGCACAGACACCAGUCCGGUGGGCGUGUCCCCGGUGGGCGUGUCCCCGGUGGCCCCUCCCACGUCCUUCCUGCUGACUCGGCAGCUUCAGGAGAGCUGGAGGACCCUGCGUGGACUCGGCGGAGGAAGCCCCGCCUCCACCGGGAGGCAGCCGACAGACGACUUGCUGUUUGAGGUGACGGACGCCAGUGUGGUGCAGGACGCCUCCUCUAAAUACGUGCUCUACACCAUCCACGUCGUCCAGUCCGCCGGCAGCGACAAGACGCCGGCUGUCAUCACCUGCCGCUACUCCGACUUCCAGCGGCUUCACGCCGCGCUGCGCCGCGACCACGGAGAUCAGAUGGGGCGCGUCUGCUUCCCGCGAAAGAAGCUGCGCAGGAACUACACGGCGGAGACAAUCGGCAAGCGGAGCCGGGCGUUUGAGCAGUACCUGUCUCACCUGUGCUCCCUGUCGGGCCCGCGGGGGGCGCCCUGCGUCCGACACUUCUUCUACCUGGCCGACCUGCAGGCCGGACAGCUGCUCAUCAGGGUGGGACGUUUCCAGGAGGCUUUGGGUCCGCUGCUCAACGCCAAGAGGCUGCAAGAGAAACUGGGCUGGGCAACUUACUAUGACCGUCGUGCUCCGCCCCCUGCCUCCUCCCAUUGGCUCUUCACCCUGGUGGGUCUGUUGAGCUGCUUUCAGGAAGUGGACCAGCUGGAGGAAGCUCGAGAUCAUUGUGACGACGCCCUCCGCGUCUUGAGCCCUGAGGCGGAUGACGGCCCCCCCCCACUCCGAGACAAGCCCCUCCCACAGACUGCCAGGCCACACCCCCUCCUGUUGCCGUUGUUACGGGUUGUGGUUCGGCUGUCGUGGCAGACGGGGAAGGACAAGCGGCAGUGGGAGGAGCUUCUGCAGAAGCUGGAGGAGCAGAGGGCGGGGCUAGUAGACAAUCAUCCAACCAUUAAAGAGUUCCUGGUCAAACACAACCUGGAGGAGAGCGAGGGGGAGGGGUAACAACAACAACAACAACAACACAAACUGCAGGGGAUAAUCACUACGCUGCCGCACGAGAUUCAGAUUCAACUACGUUGAAUGUUUGGGGAAAGAAAUUGUAAUUUGUUGUUGUGAGCAAAAACUUGUGACAGGAGAAGGUUAGAUAUAUCAGAUAAUAGAAUGGGGUCUCUUUAUUUUCAUGAUGAUUUGAGAAAGAAGCCAUAACAUUCCCACAAAGUGCUGAAAGUAAGCUGAAUCAAUUCAAGAGAAAAAACAUUUAUUUCAUAGAAAAAGUCCUAUUUUGAAUUCCAACGUAUAUCCCACAAAUAUUUAUAUACAUAUAUGUUGUUGAGUGGAGGUAAAACUACGAUCAUUCUUGUAUUCAAUCACACUCAAAAAGCCUUUAAGCAGCUCUGUGACGUUCAGGUUUCUCUUCCUUCAGUCGUCCUAGAAAACAAACAAAAAGCCCCGGAGACGCAUUCAAGUGAUUAAACAGCUGUUGUGAUGAGCCUAGUUAGGGCGGGGCUACGCGCUGAUUGACAGGUCUUGGUCCGUACGUGGUGACUUUCGCUACACUGGUUGUAAAAAAGGAAGAUGGCGUCCGUAAUGCACUCGAGGUGUCACAACUUGUUGUGAUAAAAACAUUGGAGUCAUGUGACGUUUACUUAACGUCAAUAGUUGAUUCACGUGAGACAGUUGUCAUGAAUUACAGCAUCAAGCUCUGCCUGAGUAUUUCUCUAAUGUUUCUAUUCACUGGUUGUAAAGUGUUAUUUACAUAUUUAGAUUUGAGGACCCUUUUAAGUCAUCUUGCUGGAUGUUGUGAACGCGUCGCCCGUGUGAAAUAUUGAUCCGUGGAAGAGGCAUUAAAUCCGAUGACAUCAUCCCUGUCUGGAUUAGAACAGGGAACGAUGUGGAAUCGUUUUAAAAGGGAUGAAGCACAUGAUUCAUAAACCAUGAAUUACCUGGAAUGUAAUUCCGACGUGAAGCGUCUUUUACACACGUUUUGGGGGGAAAACUAGAAAUGUUCCUUUUAAAGCCUCUUUGAAGUGUUUUCACUUCACCAAUGAUUUAAAAAAAGGGAAGUUUGGUUUCUUUUUUAAAGCUUCUUUGUAGCUCCCAUUCCGACUAAAGCGGCUUCUCCUUUUCUAUUGGAGACGCUUGUGUGUUCGGCUGCAUUUGCACUGUGAACCAAACUUAAAGAGUUUUUAGUGUUGAUUCGGCAGAACGUCCUCACUCAGAGAAACUAAAGUACUUUAUGGAAUAAAUUCUGUUUCAAAUCCCA